CACAACUGCACUCAAAGGACAGCACGACGACCAUGAAAACAAGGAAGUGAAGACAGGGAACUGUGCCUAGGCUGCUGUGUUUUUGUUGUCAAGAAGGCCCCGAUUUUACUUCAGCAAUCAAGACUGCAUUUGUGUCUCAAAUUCCUUGUCGAUAUAAACCAAUUCACGGAAAAUGAACAACAAAGGCUCAUAUCCUCAGCAAGGAGUGUACUCUCAACAGGGCACUGCACCCAUGUACCCCCAAACUAUGCAGGUCCCUGCCCAGGCACCCCCUUACUCUGAUGCCCCUCCUGCAUACUCUGAGAUCUACCAGCCCAGGUACAUGCAUCCAGCCCCUAAUCCCGGUCAAAUGCAGCAGAUGUCUUCUGCCUACCCUGGGACCCAGAUGUUCAUGCAACUGCCACAGACGAUGCCUGUGGGGACCAUGGGCCCUAAUGUGCCCAUUGCCUACUAUCCCAUGGGUGCGGUGUAUCCCCCAGGCUCUACUGUCCUGGUGGACGGGGGCUUUGAUGCAGGAGCUAGAUUUGGAAAUGCCGCCAAUCCUGCCCUUCCUCCACCUCCUCCUGGAUGCCCACCUAAUGCUGCCCAGCUUGCUGCCAUGCAGGGCGCCAAUGUGGUAAUGACACAGCGCAAGAACAACUUCUUCAUGGGUGGCUCCAGUGGUGGCUACACCAUCUGGUAACAGCGGGCAUUACCCCAGGCUUGUACCUCUCUGUCACCCUAAAGCCCCCUUCUCUCUUUGGGUCUCACUCUCUCUCCCCCCUUUUUCCUCCUUGUCUUCUCUCCUUACCCACUCUCUCUCCCCCUAUAUUUUUCUUCUUUGCUUCCUUCGGGGCUGCUUGGCCAUGCCACAAUACUGAUAUCACCUAACGGAAUGUAAUAUUUUAGAGCCCUUAGUCAAGGUACAGUACUCCACUGCAGAUCUAGAGCACAAAUAGCUCAGACUACUGAUAGGCUGGCCAUAUCCUGGCUAUUAAGGUUAAUAGACAGAGCAUGAAGCUGGUUAGUAACUCGACUGGCCAAGAGCUAAUGCACCCGUUGGUGGGAGUAGGAUUAUACCCUUUGCCUUUGGUAAUGUUGUCACAUUAUGUUGUCAUAUUAAUAUUUACUUUUACACAUAUAGACUCAUAUACUCCAUUGUCUGUAUAUCCUCCAUUGUAAAACCAUUGUGCAAUGCUUUAGAUUUACAGGUGAUAACUCUUUACUGGUAUUUUAAGGCCUUUUUUGUUUACCAUGGACACCAGGUAUCAAUUUCUUUGUUUACUUUUGUUAAAUGAAAUAGUCUAGCAGAAUGUCUUCCUCUCUUAAGGUGCUCUCAUUCGGCCACAGCACUAGCAGACCUAAAAUAUUUUUUCUUUCUGACUGAUGUUGUAUUUAUUUGGUAAGCACAACAUCUUUCUACCAUUGAUGAGGAUUUGGGUUAUGAAGUAAGAGAUGGUAACGAUAUUAUCUAAUCAAAAGUAGAAAGCAUGAGAACCAUGACCUCAAAAUUAGUUUAAUUAAGAGAACUUAAUUUGUUUACAGAGAGAAAUCAUGGUGGAAUACUGUACCUUCCGGGCGAGCUUAGAUGAACUAUAAUCAGGUGCCAAAGUCUAAGAGCACCAUUAAAAUAUAAGCAAAGAAAUUUACAGAUGAAUGCAGAACCCAAUGCAGUUGCAAAUUUUUAAGAAGUAAUUUUGUUUCUUUUGUUU